AUGAAAUUUCUAUAUUUCUCUAUUAACUUUUUCUUAUUACUAAUAUUAGUAGUUAAUGUUAUUGCACCACCUCCACCAAGAAAAAUUGAAGAAAAAGUAGAAGAAAAAAUAAUAGAAGAAAAAGAAUUUGACGAAGAUGACUUACCGAAAUAUGAAUUUCAUUACUCAAAAUAUUUAGAAAAAAUUGUUCAAAUAUUAGAAAAUGAUCCAAGAUUUAAUGAAAAAUUAAAAACACUUAGUGAAGAAGACAUAAGAUCUGGAAAAAUUGCUGAUCAUUUUGAUGUUAUUUCAAAGGAUGUUGCUGAAGAAUUAACAAAAGCUAAACUUCAGGAAGUAGAAAGAUUAAGACAAGCUAUAUUAAAAGAAGUUGAAGAAGGUAAAAAACCUCAUAAUAUAAAAGCACCAGAACAUAUUGAUAUUGAUCAAUUAGAUAAAUUUCAUGCUGAAGAUUUAAGAAAACUAGUUAAAAAAACUUUUGAAGAUAUGGAUGAAAUUGAUAGGCAACGUAAAGAAAAAUUUAAAAAAUAUGAAAUGGAAAAACGAGCUAAGUAUGAUCAUGAAUUAGCUAAAUUACCUGAAGAGGAACGUAAAAAAUUACAAGAAGAACAUGAAGCAGCAAAAAAAAGACAUCAAGAUCAUGAAAAAUUAAAUCAUCCUGGAGAACGUCGUCAAUUAGAAGAAGUUUGGGAAGAAAAAGAUCAUAUGGAUAAAGAGAAUUAUGAUCCCAAAACAUUUUUUGCUCUUCAUGAUUUAAAUGGUGAUGGAUAUUGGAAUAUUCAAGAAUUAGAUGCUUUGUUUCAAUUAGAAUUAGGUAAAAUGUACAAUGAAAGUAAUCCUGAUGAUGAUCCAAAAGAAAAAAUGGAAGAGAUGCAUAGAAUGCGUGAACAUGUUUUAAAUCAAAUGGAUACAAAUAAAGAUAAAAUGAUAUCAAUGGAAGAAUUUUUAGCUGAUAGUGAAGCUCAAGCUUCUACACCAUCACCAGAAGGUUGGAAAGCACUUGAUGAAACUAAAAUAUAUAGUGAAGAAGAAUUACAAGUAUUUGAAGAACAACUAGCAAAAGAAAAUAAUUGGGGACCUGAUGCUUAUAAAAUUGAAUCAACUAUAGCUCCACCAACAACAACACCACUAACAAUUGUUCAUGGUUCACAACAACAACAACAGCAUAUUCCUGAACAAAAUCACAAAAUUGAUCCUGUAAUGGGUAUUUAA